AAUAGAAUAGGGAACUUUAUCUCGGCUUACACUAGAUGUACGAUAUACAAGACAAUAUAGCACCUCACUUUGAGUAUUGUGCGACGCUAUUAAUAGAUAUGGGAGAUACACAGUUAAGUAGGCUCCAAAUAGCGCAAAAUAGAGCUAUGAGAGUCAUAUUGCAAUGUGACAGACGUACCAAAGUUAAAUGUAUGCACCAAGCGUUGCAAUUUCUGACCAUAAGACAAAGGCUGUAUUACAAUAUGUGCAUAUUUAUUUUUAAGAUCUUAAAUAAUAUGAUGCCGGAGCACUUUAGUAAUAGACUUAGAAUAGUAGAGGGAGAACGCAAAACUAGGCAGACAAGGGAUAUUGUUAUUGAAUUUCAAAAAACAAGAAGCGCGCAAAAAAGUUUAUUUUAUGAGGGUGUGUUAAUGUAUAACGCAUUACCACCCGAAGUUAAACAUUGUAAUCGUUUAGAAAUGUUUAAACGAAUGCUAAAAGAGUUUGUUUUUAAUGAUGUAGCAUAAAAUUGUAUAUAUAUGUAUUGAAAAU